UACUUCACACUUUGCAAUGACAAAGAUGGCCGACGAAGCUCAAACGAUACCUCGACACGAAUCUGUUUGUGUGCUGUGUGGUGGUUCUGUGGUAGACAAAUUUGUUCGUCCAACAUUAGCGGAGUUUUUAGGGACCGCAUUUCUGGUGUUUCUCUUGUGUUCUUGUGCUCCAAUCCGCCUUAAUACAUUUAUGCAUAUUAUUGAGGGCAAUGUAUUUUCGGCACUAGUGUAUGGAUUUGGUUAUGCAUUCUUGAUUUAUGCAUUCGGUGAUAUCAGCGGCGGGUAUUUUAACCCAGUCAUAACAUUCGCUCUGACUUUGAAUGGUGCGCUACCAGUGCUUGUUGCAAUAUGCUUUUUCAUUGCUCAGAUAGGGGGAAGUUUCUUGGGAGCGGCAUUGGCCCUUGCUGCUAUUCCGACGAAUAAAUACAAAGAAUUCAUCGGUGGAGCAACAAUGCUUAUAAAUGAGACAGAACCUGGCUGGGCAGUUCUGAUAGAGGGCAUCCUUACGUUCAUAUUGACUUUCACUGUUUUACUCACAUCGCUAGAUAAAAAGAAGAAAAAAAUGUCACCUCUUGCUAUUGGAUUCUCGGUCAUUGCUUGUGCUAUGUCUGGGGCGCGAUAUACUGGUGGAUCUAUGAAUCCGGCAAGAAGUUUAGGACCGGCUGCAGCCUACUCCAAAUACCUGGAAUUUAAUGUGUGGGAACAUCACUAUGUCUACUGGGUGGGGCCCACCGCGGGGGCAGUGGUAGCAGCUAUUAUUUACAGAUUUUUGUUUGCAAAGAGAAGGACACCAGAUUAUAUGACGUUUACAAAUUCCGAGGGACACUUAACUCCCAGCAAUAACAUUCCAAUACAAUGACACUCAACUCCCAGCAAUAACAUUCCCAUACAAUGAGGGACACUCAACUCCCAGCAAUAACAUUCCCAUACAAUGAGGGACACUCAACUCCCAGCAAUAACAUUCCCAUACAAUGAGGGACACUCAACUCCCAGCAAUAACAUUCCCAUACAACAUGUAUUAUUGUUUUACAAAC